AUGUGCGACCCAAAAUGGAAACGUGGCGCCGGAUCCGAAGUUGCCGCAACAGCUACUGAAACUCAGAUAAUGAAGCCAACGGUAGUUGCCACGUUGAGAGAUUCCAGCCCGACGUACGCUGCAAACAGCACAGUGCUCCUUCAGACUCUUCGUGCAUAUGCAGAAAGUGAAAGUGAUCGAAGGCUCACACGCAUUCUGAUGGAUGGAGGCAGCCAACGCACAUUUAUUAAGAAGUCAUUGUCGGAGAUGCUUAAAUGCCAAACCUUAGGAGAAGAAGAGUUAACAGUCCACACCUUUGGCUCUACAUCAACUAUCCAGAGAAAAUGCCGCAGGGUGCAAGUAUGGUUGCGUAGCCAGUUUGACCGUAACGAAAUCGCAAUCGAGGCCCUCGAGAUGCCAGAAAUUUGCACUGAUGUCAUGCGAGUGCCGAACAACGACCUCAUAGCCAAAAUGGAACGGGAUGGUCUCUGCGUAGGUGACGUUCCGAUGACCAACACCGACUGCGACCAUGGAAUCGGAAUCCUUAUCGGAGCAGACUGCUAUUGGAGGGUCGUCACCGGAGAGACAAAGUAUUUGAGCGAAUCAUUGGUGGCUAUCAAUACAAUCUUUGGUUGGACUCUUCAAGGACCGGUACCAACAAGUACAGUUACAACUUGCACUAAUGUCUGCGUCAUGAGAACGGUAGUUGACCAAAACGAGGCAGACAUAUCGAACGAACUGAGACGAUUUUGGGAACUAGAGCAUAUGGGUAUACAAGCAAAGGAUACGGUUUGCGACAAGGUAAACGACACUAUCGUGCGAGAGUUCGAAGCAAAGAUAAAGCACAACGAAGACGGAAGGUACGAGGUACACAUACCGUGGAAAACCAGUGAUCCCUGUUUGCCAACAAACAAGCGAACUGCAGAGGAAAGACUGAACUCGUUAACGAAAAGGCUUUUGAAGAACCAGCACGUCAUGAUGGAGUACGACACCGCUAUUCGGCAAUAUUUGAAUGACGGACACGCCGAGAAAGUUGAUAUCAAAGCAAACGCCGACGGACCAGUUUUCUACCUGCCUCAUCGAGCUGUAUUUAGACCUGACAAAGCAAGUACUAAAGUGCGCAUCGUGUUUGACGCUUCGUCCAGUGCUUCGGACUGCCCUUCGUUGAAUGACUGCCUGGAAGUUGGACCAAACCUGAAUCCUGAUCUCCUGGCGACAAUUCUAAGAUUCCGUAAGCACAGUGUUGCCGUUACAGCCGACAUUGAGAAAGCAUUCUUGCAAAUUUCUCUCAAUCCGAACGACAGAGACGCUUUCAGAUUCAUGUGGUACACUUUCAUGCCGGAGAGCGGAAGACCACUGUCCGAGAUUGAGGUGUGGAGAAUGACGAGGGUGCCCUUUGGUGCCGCCUCCAGCCCAUUCCUUCUUGCAGCAACACUUCGUUAUCAUUUCAACUUAAUGUCUAGCACGUACCCCGAAACCUGCAGGAAACUAACGGACGGCUUCUAUGUGGAUGACUUUGUGACUAGCGUCAGGUCAAGAGAAGAGGCUGAAAUUCUGCACGAUGAGGCAGAUAAAGUUCUUUCGGCUGCUGGCAUGCAUCUAAGAAAGUGGGCGACGAACGACAGUGAGCUACAGGUAUCGUUCAGGACUAAAAACAAAGACAACAGUCAGAUGAAAAAGGUCUUGGGCAUUGUUUGGAACACGACAAAUGACGUCCUGUCACCUCCAAUGGACUCAUUGGACCAGUUCCUGACAAAGAAAAGAGACACGAAGAGAUGUUUACUUCAAGUUAGUGCACGAAUAUACGACCCUCUCGGCAUUCUCUCGCCCUACACAGUCAAGGCAAAAAUACUAAGUCAACGAGCGUGGGAAUUGGGCAUCGGAUGGGACGACGAUCUACCCGAACACAUCGGUAAAGAGUGGCAACAGUGGUGCAAGGGAAUUCCAUUUCUACCAAAGAUCACUGUGCCAAGGGCAAUCACAGACGAUGACUCAGUUGUGUCCCGAAGUAUUCAUUGCUUCUGCGAUGCGAGCCAGCAAGCGUACUGUGCAGUGCUGCAUCUGCGCACAGUGUACGAAGAUGGAAGCAUAAAUGUCGUUAUCGUAGCUGCUAAAUCGAGAGUAGCCCCACUAAAGCGAGUUUCACUACCAAGACUUGAGCUUUUGGGUGCUCUUGUGGGUGCUAGGCUUACUAACUACGUGACAGCAACUUUGAACUACGAAGGCCUCACCGUGCGGUAUUGGACCGAUUCGACCGUGGUUCUUCACUGGGUAAAAGGAAGCGCUAGUAGAUGGAAACCCUUUGUUGCCAACCGCGUCACCGAGAUUCAAAGUAUGUGCAACCCUUCAGACUGGCAUCACUGUCCAGGUGAAUCUAAUCCAGCUGAUCUGCUAACAAGAGGAGUGCUGCCCGACAUGCUCAUGAAGGACGACUUCUGGUGGAAGGGACCUGAGUGGCUCAACAAUGAAGAGGCCCUCUGGCCGAAAUUCGAAGUUGACACCUUGGAGCUUCCUGAAACAACAUCGCGAGAGGAAAGAAAAAACACAACAGCGAUGAUGGCGACGGAUGUCGAUGUUAGCACGCCACUCCUCACUCUUGAGAACCACAGUUCUCUUCUGACUGUGCUUCGAAUCACCGCGUGGAUCAAGCGUUUUAUUCACAACUGUCGACAGAAAGAUGCUAGGAUUUCUGGCCCGCUCAAUGCGGCCGAAAUCCAAAGUUCGCUGAGACAAUGGAUCCGCCAGGUGCAGAGGGAAAGCUUUCCAGGAGAACUGGAGAUACUAUCAUCGGGCAAAAACACUGUCGGCGAAACGUCUCCACUACGAACCCUGUCACCCUACGUGGACGAGGAUCAAAUAAUGCGCUUGCGUGGAAGGCUGCAACAGCGCGAUGCCGAGACAGCAAUUAAGCAUCCCAUAAUUCUUCCCAAGGAUCACGACUUCACUUCGAAACUCAUCACGCAAGAGCAUUUGCGACUUCUGCAUGGAGGUGUUAGAGACACCUUAGUGCAGCUCCGUGAGUCCUAUUGGAUACUGAGAGGAAGGCAAGCAGUCAAACGAGCUAUUCAUCAAUGUUUGACCUGUCGGAAAUGGCGAUCGAAACCAGCGGAUGAGGCAAUGGCACCACUACCACGCGACCGUGUGACAGAGGCAGAACCAUUUGUUGUAUCUGGGAUUGACUUCGCCGGACCCUUGUUCUAUAAAACUGAGACCGGAAGCAGCAAGGCAUACAUAGUUCUGUUCACGUGUGCCGUAACUAGAGCCGUGCACCUCGAAUUGGUAACCGAUCUAACAGCAGCCACUUUUCUAUUGGCUUUCCGUAGAUUUAUUUCCAGGAGAGGGAUAUGCCACACUGUGUACACAGAUAAUGCCCUCACUUUCAAACGCGCAUCGAAAGACCUUAAACAGCUCUGGACCGAAAUGCGAGGCGGCGAAGUACAGGACUAUUUCUCUGGGACGCACAUAACUUGGAAAUUUAUCGUUGAGAGAGCAGCGUGGUGGGGCGGAUUCUGGGAACGGAUGGUGCGCACCGUCAAAACGACUCUCCGGAAGGUCCUAGGCAAAAGUAGCUUGACGCUUGACCAACUAACAACGCUACUCACAGAGGUAGAAGCCAUGGUGAACUCUAUUCCCAUCUCCUUCGUCUACUCGGACAGCAACGAACCCGAUCCCUUGUCACCGGCCCACUUCCUAGUCGGUAAGCGUAUAACCCGACUGCCUGACCAGCCUACUGUUACCUCGGGGCCCGGCCAGCCGCAGCUAUCGAAGAUGCUGCGUUACCGAGAGGCUCUUCUGCGGCGACUGUGGAAGCGGUGGGUACACGAGUACCUCCUGGAACUGCGUACAGCACAUGAGCAGCGCACUGCGACCUCAACGGCACCGCAAGUAAACGAUUUAGUGUUGCUAAAGGAGGACCGUCUUCCCAGACAAAUGUGGAGGAUGUGUCGUGUUGUGAAAGUGUUCCCUGGCAGAGAUGGACGUGUACGAUCCUGUGAGAUCCGACUUCCCGGAGGUGGAACACUUAAACGUGCCAUCCAACAUCUCUUCCCGCUAGAGAUUGUAUAA